AGCUUGAUGUAUCCAUGAGCGUGCAGUCGUGGCGGGUUAGCACCGAGAGCCGGAAGGCAUUUUCAGUGAGACUGCUGUACUUCAUCCUCUAGAGCUGGACACACGGACAGCAUUCGGCAUCGGCGGACUGGAUGCUAAGCCGUCAUGGAGUGGAUAUGCAUGUAAUGACUGGGCGCCUGUUGUCGAUACCCGUCCGGAUCGAAUCUCUUCAUGUCAUGUUCGAGAAAGGCCUACAAAGCUGGAGCAAAUUUAGCAAGGCAGCGUGUGUCCACUCCAAUAAGACAGAACCCGAAUGCAACUCUGGUCAGCUCGAACAGUAGGAGGUGGCGAAGCUGACAGCUUGACAUAUGUAUGCAUGAUGGG